AUGGCAGGAAAACGACCCGCUUUCACCGAUGAAUACCUCAUUCGGCAUUUCAAGACCAACCCCCGGGGCCAGUAUACCAUUGCAUUUCUUGGAACUACCCUUUUUGGCAGACUCAAGUGGUAUGCAGCUCAUGAACCUCGCAUUUUUAAGGAGAACCCUUGCAUCUUGAAUCUAGGCGGGCACCUGGGCGCCGACAGGAUCCAAAACGUUCUGGCUCUCAUUGACCAAGGUUUUCUUCGUUCUCUCCAGAACCACCAGCCAAACCUCCAAUCCUUCUACCUCCAAAUGGGAACCGACCACCUUACCGAGAACGGCUUGUCUAAUUCGGCUGUCCAAGACUACGUUAGGGUAGUCAAGAGCAUACAAGAGGAGUUUCCAAAUGCGUAG